AUUGCUGGAGGAGACCUGACGCAUGCGCAGUGAGUACAGCAUGGCUGCCUGGUAGCAGGAGGUUGCCAGGAAAGGUCUUUUCAAAGUAGCUUCUCGAACCAACUUCAGAAAUAUCGGAUUCCUUCUCUUCCCCUCGCCCGCCAUUAUGGUUCAAUUAGGGCGCAUUCUCUUGAAGCAGUAUUACAACCUUCGCGUCGUCAUCCGCUUUGCCCUGGGGGGCUGCGCCAACAGGCCUUACUAUCGGAUCGUUGCUGCGCACAACAAGCGGGCCAGAGACGGCAAGUACUUGGAGCAGAUCGGCUGCUACGACCCACUCCCCAAUGAUCACGGGGAGAAGAUCGUAGGCUUGAACAUUGAGCGGAUCAAAUACUGGAUCGCCAAUGGGGCCCUCCUCUCCAAACCUGUGGAAAAGCUUUUAGGGCUCUCUGGAUUCUUCCCCCUCCAUCCAAUGACCAUCACAAAUGCUGAACGAGUGAAGAGGCGACAAGCCCGAGAGGCCAAAGGGGCUGCUCUGGAGGAAGAGGUGGCUGCAGUCAAGGAGUGAAACCCAAAUGGAUGUCUGCAAAGAACUUUCCUCAUCCGCUCAAAGGGCAAAAGAACCGCGUCUCCCAGGCUGCAGAAGCAAAUCUCAAGUCCCUCAAAGCAGCUCCCGGAGUUCAAAGAGUUACACUUUAUUACAACUGAAGGCAGAGGAAGCUU